AUUGACUAUGAUAGUCUAAGCUAUGUUCAAACACCGCCAGACUCGCUCUUCUGUCCAGUCUGUCGAGCACUCCUCACAACACCGCUACAAACGAAGAUGUGCAAUCAUGUCUUUUGUGCGCGCUGUAUUAGUCGUGCGCUUUCAGAUAAAUUGGAGUGUCCUAUUGAUCGGACGCCUAUGCGUCGUGGUAUGGAAGAUUGUAGUCCUGCACCGAGACUGCUUGAAUCCCUUGUCGAUGAAUUACUCGUUUAUUGUCCAUUCAAGGUCCAUGGAUGUCCCGUCACUGUGUCGAGAGGCUUGCUCAAGUACCACAUCAGAGAUGCGUGUGACUAUGUCCUUGUUCCUUGUGCAAACCCGCAAUGCGACAAGUUUUCAUUCAGGAAGGAUAUUGCUGCCAUAACGGACACUGCAGAUUCCGCGCUCGACGAAUUGGAUGAUAAAUUGACGUGCGCGCAUACAACAACUGUCUGCGAGCAUUGUGGGGACGAGGUGCUUGAAAGCGCCAAAGAGAGUCAUUUGGAUGAGUGUUCAGCAUUGUCGCACACCUGCACCUACUGCACAAGCGAAUUCUCAGCUGUUGACAUGGCAGGACAUCGCUUGAUAUGUCUUGAGGAACCAGUCAACUGUAGUGCUCACUCACUUGGCUGUACAUGGCACGAGAAGCGAAUCGCGCAGCCAGCGCAUGAGGCCUCGUGCAUCUUCAACAGUCUUCGCCCGUACCUCGCUGCACAAGACGCGAAACUGGCUGCAUUACAACUCGAAAAUGCUAGUCUACGAGAACGCGUCACGGCAUUCGAACAACUUCCCAUCAACCAAGGCAUCGAACCCGUCCUUGAGAUUUCAAGCGAGUAUGAGCGUGAUCGAGCGUACUUGUUUCAACAACUCGAACAGACCGGUACACACAUCGAAAACCUCUCCAAUGCUAUUGCGAGUCUAGAAACACGACAAGCACAUGUCAUGAUGAAUGAAUCGCUUCGCAAUAAGGAUGAAUUGGCUAUGCUGCGCGGUGGUCUGCAAGCGAUGCGUCUGCAAUUCCAUCACUUUCUGCAACAGACCCGU